AUGGCGGACGCCGCCAGCGCCGCCAAUUCCGCCGGCCACAAGGACACGCUUCUGAACUGCAGCACUUGCGGCAAACAGUUUUCGAGAUCCGAACACCUGGCGCGACAUAGCCAUAUCCAUCUUCAAGAAAAGCCGGUUGAGUGCGGAUAUUGCGGAAAAGCGUUUGGUCGAAAAGACUCGGCAAAACGCCAUGAGCAAUUGCACACCAGGGAGGCUAGUGCAGAGGCCCCGAAAUCUCGCGCAGUGUCACUUUGUCGAACAUGCUCGACAUGUGCCAAGUCGCGGAUAAAAUGCUUAGGCGGAACGCCAUGCAACCACUGCGCCGCUAGAAGCCUUGAUUGCGUGUAUCUACCUCGCAAACGGAAACGAACCCAAUACAAGCAAGAUCAAGAUCCUUCUGUUGACGACCAGAGGUCACCUGAGAAUCUUGCCAGCGACACAGGUCAAUCACCCGUGCCUAAUGACUUAGGCGACAUGGCUACGACUUGGGCUAGCCCGUCAAACCAGCCAGACGGAUCCUCACACAACUUAAGCAACGCAGGCGCCUUUGACGAAAGUGGACCCCAGAUGGCACUGGAAUCUGAGACUUUACAAGACCAAACGAGCCAGAGUUUCGCUAGUGAACUGCCAGUGAUGUCUCCUCAGUGGCUCGAGCGAUCCAUGGCGACAAAUUGGUUGCCAUUCGACGUUUCCCUCAAUGGCGACUUCAUCUUGCCAAGUCCCGAAAACAUGUUGCCAACCUAUCCCAGCGACGCUCCGCGUCUUUCCGGCAACGUUCUUGACGAUCCCGCCACAGAGACUCUCAAUGAGCCCCAAGGCUCUCAAGUUGGUGUCGACUUCGUGCUGCAGCAAGACUGCGUGUCGGCUCUCAUCAAUUCCAUGGGUGGUAGUCUUCAGGGCUACGCCGACGGACCGAACAGCCCUCAUCCCAGCUCUACUCAUUCUUCGACCCAGCAAAACAUUUUGUACGCAGAUGGGGCGGGUUUCAGAUCAAGUCAAGCAGACCGUUGUAUCCGCGAACGACAGGAAACAUACACCACCCCGAGUUCAUCCGGCGACCAUUCCGAGGGAAACUCUUGGCUGACAGUAUUUUCCAAUAAGGUCCAUGGUAUCGAACAGCACCCCGAUCCGCAGUUUGACAUUCCGGAGGAUAUAUUUCAAGAAAUACUCUCGAGGCUGCGUCCCUCAUCAGGAGAACAACUCCUAUCGAAGGAGUUCCUGGCCAACGAGGCAUUCUUGCUACACAAAUCGGCAUUUAGCCUCUUUCUGAAGCUUUACUUUAACAACUUCCAUAUGCUCUAUCCUUUUGUUGACCGCUCCUUUCUCUGCAUCCCCAUAUGGGGAUGGAGUCUGACGUUGGCGGUCGCGGCAAUUGGUACUCGCUACCUAGGCCUGACGAAACUCACAUCUCACGGCGAAGAGCUUUGCGCUGUCUUGCACGAGCUGCUCCUAAAACAACUCCAAUUCGGUCGGGUUCAGGAUUCACUCCCCUACAUCCAGGCACGUAUGCUGGCGGCAAUAGGUCUAUGCCAAAGCCGCCAGCCUCAUUGGUUGAAGUGCGGGCACAGCGCGUGGGCUUUGGUUACCAACUCCUGUCUGCAGCUGCGACUUCUGGACGAGGAUGACCGAAUUGGCGCGUAUCAAGAAGGUCAGAGCCUGGAACAAACGUGGAUAGCCUGGCGUUUCCGAGAAACGCGGCGGAGGACAGGGCUCUUUAUCUGGCUCACGGACUGCUUCCUUGCAUUUGCCACCGAGAAUCCUCCAACACUGCCGCCCCAGAGGCUGAAACUGAGACUGCCCUGCAAAGAAGAAUUAUGGGAAGCUGAAUCUGCCCAAGGAUGGCUCGCUCUCACACCAAAGGAGAACGUCUCUGAUCGCAAUUCCCCUUUUUACGUCGAGGAGUCAAUGCGGGAGCUGGUCCAGGACAUCAUGCAAAAGCUGUGGCGAGGCCUCCGCACGCCAGAGAUGACGACGCAGUUUGCGACCUUCAUCAUCCUCCACAUGCUACUGCGUCGCCGAUGGGACACAAGCCACUACCUCACGGAUUCCACCUCCGCCGUCGAAUCGCCCGGCUCGCGGGAUUCGGCGCCGCCCAAACGCCUAUACGUGGGGGAAAUCCCUGCUUACAUCAAAUGGCGGAACUACACCUGUGACUGUCUAGAUUUGCUACACUGGGAAGCGCUGAGUGCUUCUACCAAAGCUGGAGGCUUCGAGGGCCCGGUAUUUCUGCAGCUGCACUUGGCGCGGCUGGUGAUCCUUGCCCCGGUACGGGAGCUGCUUGAUCAUGUUUCUGCUUCCAUUCAGCCAGGCUCGUCGCAGCUGCUCCCGCACAACUUGUACCACUUUCCAGAUCCAAACCGGAAAUGGAGCCGUACGCUGUUCACUUGGGCGUAUCAAGAUCGUUUCAAGGCUCGGCUGGCCAUUAUUCACGCCGGCGCAGUACUGUGGCACACCCGGCGAUACUCGGCAGCAUCAUUCAUUGAGCCUUAUACCAUCUUUCUUGCUACCCUGAUUCUGUGGGCGUUUGGCAUGGCUCCUAGAGUCGUCAAAGGGCACCAGCUUAAAAAACCUGGUGAUGCGCCAGAUCAUCUGCUGCAUGGUUCUGGAGACAUUGCAGUAAACCAACUUGCUCCAUCAAACUCGACCUCGGGCUCGGAAACAGGCGAAAGGCUGUUUCCCGGCAGUCCGUUUUGUCCCCGAGACCCUUCAUUGAAUGGGAGACGAAUGCCUAGGUUGAUGCAGCUCGACCGGCCGAUGGAUGACGAACUCGUCCAGCACUUUAUUCGUUCAGGCGAUGGGAUGCGGUUGUACCUCGAAGGCGUCGAUGAUCUGUGUUCGGAAGACGGACCGCGGCAAGUGCUUCAAGAAGGCGUUGCGAUUUUACAGGAAGAGCCGAGGACUUGGACUAUUGCCGAGAGCUAUGCUUCCACGCUGACGGCGCUGGCCUCGGCUGGCAAUUCAUAG